GGCCGCUUCCGGCGAGGGAGGAGGAUGUGGCCGGUGUGCGGGGCGCUCCGGGCCUGGGCCCUGCCCUUGGGACGGUGCCCGGGGACCCGGGCCUGCGGGGGGGGCGGGGGUGUCUCCUACACUCAGGGCCAAAGCCCGGAGCCCCGCACCCGCGAGUACUUUUACUACGUGGAUCACCAGGGCCAGCUUUUCCUGGAUGACUCCAAAAUGAAGAACUUCAUCACCUGCUUCAAAGACCCGCAGUUCCUGGUCACCUUCUUCUCGCGUCUGAGACCCAACCGCAGCGGGCGCUACGAGGCCUCCUUCCCCUUCCUUUCUCUCUGCGGCAGGGAGCGCAACUUCCUGCGCUGCGAGGACCGGCCCGUGGUCUUUACGCAUCUGUUGGAGGCGGGCCCCGGGGCUCCGCGCCUCUCCUACUGCGGCGGCGGCGAGGCCCUGACCGUGCCCUUCGAGCCGGCGCGCCUGCUGCCCCUGGCCACCAACGGGCGACUCUACCACCCGGCGCCGGAGCGCGCCGGCGGCGUGGGCCUGGUGCGCUCGGCUUUGGCCUUCGAGCUCAGCGCCUGCUUCGAGUACGCGCCCGGCGCGUCCGCACUGCCCUCGCACGUGCGCUGGCAGGGCUGCCGCCUCGCCCUCACCAUGGACCUGACCCCGCUACUGCUUGCUGGCCCGCCCCGCUGAGCAUCGGGCUGGAGGCCGCGGGUCCCGAGCGCCCCUCCCGCGCCUCCUGCUCGCGUCGCUGCGCACGCGCCACCUAGAGCGCGCGCCGGCGAAGUGCGCGUGCGCGGCUGCGAACCACCUCGGCCCCGCCCCUCCCGGCGCUGUCCGAGGUGCUGCCGCGGGCGGUCCCGACUGACGGCGAGAAAGGGCGGGCUCCCGCGCCCUUCCUCCCCACAUCCCGGGCCUGGGUUGUCCUCUGGUUCCGCCCGGGCUCGCGACGGCAGGCCCCGGAGACGGGAGGGAGGCGCGGGGU